UGUAAAGCCUCUGCUCUGCUUUCCCUGCUCUCCCUCUGUGCUUCAGUAAAGACCCAUCCACCCCCCGGUGCUACAGUGCUGCAUCUUCAUCUGAUCGGGGCUCCGCACCUGCCGCCAUCGUUAUCAAUAGCCUAUAAUGGAAAUACAGCAAGGACGCACUUUUAUCUAGCCUUACGCCGCACCACGGAGUCAAGCAUCUACGGGUUGUGGCGAAGAAGAGGCUAUCGGGACCAUUUCCUCUUAUGACGGGGGGCACAAUGAGUGACGAAUACAAGGCGUCGGUCACCCCUAGCUGGCUGACCCCUGACCCCACAGCCUGGUCCAGCAGCGGAGACGGAUUCACGGACAACGCCACCUACUCACCUCUGGACUCCUUUCCCCCGGUGCCCCCUCUCCUGGUCAACCCCUGGGACAUCUUGCUGUGCUCCUCAGGGACCCUCAUCGCCUGUGAAAACGCCCUGGUUGUACUGGUGAUCUGGCAGAACCCGUCUCUCCGAGCCCCCAUGUUCCUGCUGAUCGGCAGCCUGGCCCUGGCUGACCUCCUGGCUGGUCUGGGCCUGGUGCUCCACUUCACCUUGGCCUACCUGCUAAGGUCCGACUCGGCCCAGCUGCUGACUGUUGGUCUGGUGGUGGCCUCCUUCUCAGCCUCCGUCUUCAGCCUGCUGGCCAUCACCAUAGACCGUUACCUGUCACUCUACUACGCCCUGACCUACAACUCAGAGCGCACCGCUGCCUUCACCUACACCAUGCUGGUCCUCCUCUGGGGCCUGUCUCUCUGUCUGGGCCUACUUCCCGUCACGGGGGUGAACUGCCUGACGGAGGAGUCGACAUGCAGCGUGGUGCGCCCGCUGACUAAGAACAACGUGGUGGUGCUGUCCGUAUCCUUCCUCCUGCUGUUCGGCCUCAUGCUGCAGCUGUACGUGCAGAUCUGUAAGAUCGUCAUGCACCACGCCCACCAGAUCGCCUUGCAGCAUCACUUCCUGUCCACCUCGCCCCACUACGUCACCACCAGGAAGGGCGUGUCCACACUGGCCAUCAUCCUGGGGACGUURGCCGCCUGCUGGAUGCCCUUCACCGUCUACUCCCUCGUCGCCGACUACACGUACCCGCCUCUCUACACCUACGCCACCCUGGUGCCCGCCACCUACAACUCAGUCAUCAACCCAGUGAUCUACGCCUUCAGGAACCAGGAGAUCCAGCAGGCUCUGUGGCUGGUGUGUUGUGGCUGUAUACCGGCCAGGGUGACCCACAGGGCACGGACCCCCAGCCACGUCUGACACAGACCCAGGCCCUGGGAGGGAAGGAGAGAGGUGCCCUGGGCAGAGGAAGGCAGGCAGGCAGGCAGGUAGGCAGGUAGGCAGGGUUCAUGCUGCGUCUACUGCAUGGCUCUGUGUCUCCAUGGCUGGGCUGUAUCCAGGGAAGGAUGGAGGCAGCAGCAGGAGAAGGGGAGGUGGAGGGAUAAGUAGAGGCAGAGACAUACAGUAUAUAUCUUUGAGUAUAGGGCUUUCGCCCAUUGCCUGUGAUGGGAUUGGAGAAUGGAUGGCUAUGGAAGUGAGUGGUGGAGGAUUUGGUACAAAAGUGUACUGUAGGCCUACUGUACUACUGUCCCACCUUCUCUAUCUCUGUCUUCCUCGAUUAAAUAUAAAACAACAUCACAUGAUCUGACCGCUGCCACCAUAGGUGUACCAUCCCCCCUCCACACCUUCACCCCACCGUUGGGUUUACGUGCCACGAGGUGUUCUGCAGAUGACUGGGAAAGGAUGGUCGCAUGGCGCUGCAGCAAAUGUAGAUUACAUAGAAUGAUGUAGCUUUCAUAGUUUUAGGCGCUUUUACUGAUGCGCGCUUUUUUUCUUCCAUAAAAGGAUUGAGAGAUUAUUCUAGACUGUUUAAACUUGUCCCACAAGUUAAAAAGCUCGUGUGUGUGCAAAAAGACAAUGUAUGUGUCCCAUGGACAGAGAAGGAGAGCAAGAGGAGGAGUGGGGAGGAGUAGUGGAGAGCGAGAGGAGGAGAGGAGUAGUGGAGGGAGUGAUGAGCAAGAGUGGGCGAUGAUCAAGAUGCAGACGUUUCCCUACAACGAAGCCGGGCUGCGGCUAGAGCAUCUCAUCUCGCUGCUGCACUCUGAACGUGCUUUGAAAGCUAAACAACCGCGAGAGGCUAAAAAUAGCCCCGGCGCUCUGUGAUCCACGCGCCCUGCGUCCUCCGCAGACACCGAGUAAAGAAACCAUGCCGAGGAGGAGGAGAGCGGGCGCUUAUCUUCCCUACCAUCCAUCUUUCAAUCUCCAUCUCUCCCCAUUUCACGUGUGAGAAUGUAUUAUGAUGUUCUGUUUGCUUUACAUCCUGAGGUGACAACAGCCUCCAGAAGAUAAGUACCCUGAUUGCCCUACCCCCUGCGCGUGCCAAAUGCCCUUAGAUUAUGAUAAAACCUAUGGGUUUGAUCUUUUUAUCUCCGUUUUAUCCAGUCGCUUCUUCAUACAUAAACAGUUCAAUACUCAUAACUAACUAAUUCUGUAUUUUACGCACGUUAAGUAGGCUGACUUCUCUUGAAAGUAGAGGAGAGUGAAAUGUUCCCUCUGCAGAUCAAGCAGACAGUUAGACCGACUGGGAGCUGUUGAAACUGAAUGUAUUGUGGGGAUCCUCGCUAUAUGAGCCAAGUUACAAUUACCACCAAGCGUGUUAACCCUAUUGGCACUAUGUGUGUGGUGUUUGCGUCUUACGCCAGAUACCCGCGUUUGCUUCCAGCUUCCUCUUUUUGCUACAUUGUUGUCAGAAGUGGGAUGGUGGCCGUGGGGCCAUCGGACUACACAGCCCGAGGUGUAUGAAGGGGCUGAGGUUAGUUAAAGCACGGGGAAGGCCAUCCCGUUUAGAGGGGGCAGUGUAGCGUUCGUUGCUAUAUGAACUGUGGGUGUUUGCCUUUCACUCCAGAGACUCGGUUCGCUUCCCACUCCCUCUGUUGCAACAGUAUUAUUAUAUUAAUUUGAUCUUUUAGCCUAUCCAUUAGGUUAUGAAUAUACCUGAUCACCAACCAACCAUCAACCCGCAUGUUGCAUAGGACUUUAAUGAAUACCAUUUCUCCUGAUAUUGCAACCUGGUCUCAGACCAUUGUGUAUUAUUCUGUAUGUAAAUCCAAGAUACUAAAUUUUGUGUGAUAUGUUACAUAAGACAGUCUUAACUCAAAGACUGRGAGUUUGAAUAUUAUCACUGACAACUUUUCAACUACUUACUACUUUUUAGCUAAUUUCCAACUACUUAGCAUGUUAGCUAACCCAUCACCUAAUCCUAACCAUAGCCCUUUUAGUUAACCCUAACCCUAACCUUAACCCU